AUGGAAGUAAAUAAUCUCGCAUUUAUUGCUAUUGCAUUGUUCAUUGGAUUUCCUACUGCUUUUCUACUUAUCAUUUACGUAAAAACGGCGAGUCAAGCUGAAGUACAGUGA